CUCUCCCUCCCUCUUCCUCUCUCGUCGGCUCAUUCAGACAUAUUCAUCCGAUCGUCUAGGGUUUUCUCUGUAAGCAACAAGGGGGUCAGAGUCCAAGCGGAAAUCAUGCCGGACUUGGGCAACAAUCCACCCCUCUCCUCGCCUCUUGCGGUCGCUUACGGCGGCUCGGACUUCAAAUCGGCCCCUCCUCGAGCCUCCGUCGCGGCCCCUCCUCGAGCCUCCGUCGAGGCCCCUCUCCCAAGCUCACCGAAAUCCCUAGGCGGAGCCCCCGGCUGCGAGCCAGCGCGGGAAAAGAACCUGCAUCUGCAGAACGGAGGCGCUGCGCCGAGGAGGAACGGGGCGAGGACGCUGGAGGAUUAUGUGGGGGACUGGGCCGAGCGGAAGAUGGGGUCGGGCGAGGCACGGUCCGGGUGCUUCCUUCCGUUCCUCGUUGGCGCCAAGAGAAUGGCCAAAUGCGUCAUUUGCCAUCAUUUUAUAUGCCCUGAUGAGGAGUUGCAGUGUGUAGUUCGUGGUUGUAAUGGGACCUAUCACUCGUCAUGUGCCAAGGAAAGGCUUGGGAUAUCCAAUUUGAAGAGUUUCAAGUGUCCACAGCAUGCAUGCUUCAUCUGCAAACAGAGACCACCACACUGGCGAUGUGUGCUGUGCACAAUAGCCUCGCAUUAUAAGUGUGCAGCAUGGCCAGAAAAGGUGAUGCAUUUGAAGAAUGCACCAGGGCGAGCUGUCUGUUGGAGGCAUCUGACUAAUUCACGUUUACUGGUCGGGUUGGCUGACAGGAUUACAUAUUUGAUGAAUGAGCAGCAUGCUGUUUCGACAUCAGACAUAGAGGAAAUUUUCAGUCACUUGCCUACUCCUUACGACGAAGAGGAGUUUAAGUUUGACAUAACAAUGAAAGACAUGAUUGAAAAUAAGAUGGAGCCACCUCCAUACGUGCACAUCAGGCGAAAUAUUUAUCUAACCAGGAAGAAGCGUGAUGAUGUUGGAGAUGGUAUUGGAUGCUCAAGUUGCAGUUCCAUGUGCUCUGAUAAUUGUGUGUGCAGAGUCCAAUGCAUAAGCUGCUCAAAGGCUUGUCGUUGCCCAGAAAAUUGCAACAACAGGCCAUUUCGGAAGGACAAGAAGAUAAAGAUCGUUAAGACAGAAUUAUGUGGUUGGGGAGUAGAGGCAGCUGAAUCCAUAAAUAAAGGGGAAUUUAUCGUUGAAUAUAUCGGAGAAGUUAUCGAUGAUGCUCAAUGUGAAAAAAGGCUUUGGGAUAUGAAAUUCGGAGGCAUGAAGAAUUUCUACAUGUGUGAGGUACGAAAGGACUUCACAAUUGAUGCAACAUUCAAGGGAAAUGCAUCUCGCUUUCUUAACCACAGCUGCGAUCCUAACUGUUUCCUGGAAAAGUGGCAAGUUGAGGGGGAAACAAGGGUGGGUGUUUUUGCGGCUCGAUCAAUAAAAGUUGGUGAGCCGCUAACAUAUGAUUACAGAUUUGUACAAUUUGGUCCCGAGGUGGAGUGCCACUGUGGAUCUCAAAACUGCCAAGGAUAUCUGGGAACCAAAAAGAAGAUUGCCAAGUUAGAGGUUUGCUGGGGUUCGAAACGCAGAAGAACAACGGCUGCUUGUGUAGCCAUUUUAACUUUGUGAUGUACCACAACAUCAAUGUUGUACAUUCUUUACGAUGAACAGAA